AUGCAGGGCGAUAGCUUUGAGAAUUCUCUCUACAAUCUCAUUGAGAAGCGGGUUAUGGGUGGCCUUGUUCAGGCAUGUGGUGCAGCCCGAGAACAACAAGAGAGCACUGAGGUUUCUGUCAAGUCUUUCGUCUCGUUCUUAGUCGACCUGACAGGUCUGACACCCGACCCAGGUUCUAUUUCGGAGCAAGCGUCGGCGCAUUUCAAGCUGCGAAUUACUGCCGGUAUUUACCAAAAGAUGCCCAAGCGCAUCCAGAAAGACCUCGUUCAGAGCUUGGAGUCCGUCUGCUCCACCUCCACCGACGACAAGCUAAGAGCUGCUGCUGCAUUCAGCAUUGCUGUUGCUCACGUUAACGGUGUUGGAGUUCGUUUCGACAUUAAUACGGCUCAUGACUUCCUACUCCGUGCCGCGAAAUGGGGCCACGAGCAAGCACAGACAACGCUCAUCAACAUCUUCGACCAUCAAGGACCCCCAGAUGCUACGGUAUCUUUGGGCCUGUGGGUCGAUUGGCUCAAAAGAGCCGCUGAAUUAGGCAGUGACACGGCACUCGAAAAGCUGAAAGCCGCAUCAGCUUCGUCUUGGAGAUCAGCUCAGGAAUCUCGCAAGCUGGUGAAAGCCCACUACUAG